UAUGUGAGAGAUGAACGCAUACGGCUCCCCGUACAUGUACAUGGCGGGCCCAGUCUCCCAGCCCCGAGCCCCGCUGCAGAGGACCCCGAAGUGCGCUCGCUGCCGGAACCACGGCGUCCUGUCCUGGCUCAAAGGUCACAAGCGCUACUGCCGCUUCAAGGACUGUACCUGCGAGAAAUGCAUCCUCAUCAUCGAGAGGCAGCGGGUGAUGGCCGCUCAGGUGGCUCUCCGCAGGCAGCAGGCUAACGAGUGUAUCGGCAGCCUCAUCCACGACACGAUCCGCCUGCCAGGGGGCUCUGGGCCGGGAGCGGCUCCCACUGAGAGCCGGCACCAUCACACCAAAGGCAGAGAGACGGCGCUGCGCUGGGAACCGGACAGCAUCCACCCGACCCGGGCCGGUAAGGCGCUAGGUACCAAUAUAAGUGAGGAACGUUUAGACAGCCAAGCUGGAGAGGAGACGGUGGAAACAUACAGCGACAAAGAGUCAAGGCAAACAAAUUCUCCAGAUCUGGUCAAAGGCAAGAACAGCUACCCAAGCGAAGGCCCUGACAUGGCAGUGAUUGAUGAAGAGCGAUUUCCAGUUGAGAAGAAUGUCAACAGCUUGGAGACCUUACCAGAAAGCUCCAAAUUUAGCCUGGAGCAAAACCAACUUGUGAUGGAGGGGCUCUCUGGAACUCUGUCAAUUCCUUUCUCUUUAAAAGGUAACAGACCUCCCAUCGAAGUCCUGAAAAAAAUAUUUCCAAAUCACAAAGCGACAGUCCUUGAGCUGAUUUUGAAAGGCUGUGGGGGAGACCUUGUUGGUGCCAUUGAAAUUCUUCUGUCAAGUCGCUCAGCAUUAGCCUCGGAUAGACCAUCAGAAACCCCGGAUGUCCUUUCUGUAUCUUCUAAUGGACAAGCAUUUUUUGAACAUGCUUUUGGUUCCUACCCUGUUGCCUCCUCUAAGUGGUCUGUCGGGUCAGCCUUCAGGGUCCCAGAUUCAUUGAGAUUCUCAAGUGAUCCUGGCAAUGUCAUGUCGAGUCCACUCACCAUGCCAAUACAACACCCAUUUCCUCAACCUCCUCGUUAUCCACUGGUCCUGAGGAACAGCUUGAGUAGAAACCAGGGAAGUCCAUUUAUAUCAAAUGAUGUUGCUCUGUGGAACACCAUGACACUCCAGCAGCAGUACCAGCUCAGAUCGCAGUAUCUCACCCCUUUUCCAAACACCUCAGCUGGUAUCUUUCGCAGUUCACCAGUCCUUUCCUCUCAUCCUACAAAUGAUCCCAGGCUUUCAAUUGCUGACGAUAGCUGUUCAAUGGUGAACAAACAGCCUAUAUAUACAGAGGAGGACUAUGAUGAAAGAUCUGAUUCUGCAGAUUCUAGAACAUUGAACUCUUCCUCUUAA